AUGGGACCAGCGUGGGUGAUGGAAGAGACAGAUCCAGCUGCUGCAGUCCGGAUGAAGCGCUCGGUGAAGGUAACUGGAGUGUCACUGCUCCGUACAAGAGCCAUGCUGGGCAAAGGCGUGAAGCGCCCGCGCGAGGAGAUGGAGGGCGGCGAGCCGGAGCCCCGAGACCCCGGCGCCGCCCCGGCCAGCUCCUUGUUCAACAUCUCCAUGGUGAAGCUGCACCAGAGCCUGCGGCGCGUGGAGCCCAACCUGCGGCACUUGGUGCUGGUGGCCAACACCUUGCGCCGGAUGCAGGAGCAGAUGCAGCGGGAGGCUGGGGGGCCGGCGGCCCCGGACAGCCCCGAGGCCCCGCCUGCGGUGGAUUCUCCUGCCCCCGUCUCAGACUCCAGGGACAGUGGGCUAGAGCCCUGCCGGCCGCCACCCUCCGACAAGCAGGGGGACGAUCUCCUCCUCUCCACCAUGGACACCUCCAUCUCCACCAUCCUGGAGGACUUGGGUCAGGUGGAGGCGCUGAGCCCCGCCCGGCCCGAAGAGGAGCAGCCGUUGGCCGGCGCGUCUGGAGCCAGGCAGGAGCCGGCUAGGACCUCAGCCCCUUGCUUGGGCCCCCUGGAGCUACUCAGCUCGGCCAGCUACCUGCUGGAGGACGGCCUGGAGGACAUCUUCGAGGACAUCGACACCUCCAUGUACGACUGCGACCUGUGGUCGCCCACCAGCCUCUCCGGCUUCAAGGCUUUCUCCGGUGCGGAGGACUCGGACAGCAAGGCGUUUGCCGGCGCCGAAGACCGGCUGGACAUGAGCGACCUGGACUACCUGAUGGACGUGCUCGUGGGGGGUCACGCGCUCUGA